GAAGAAGAUCAAGCGCAGAGUCCUGAAGAAGAAUCCUCUGAAGAACAUGAGGAUAAUGUUCAAACUGAACCCAUAUGCCAAGACUGCCAGACGUCACGCAAUUCUCAAGCAUGAUCCCAAAAUCAAGGCUAAGAUGCUGAAACCCAAGAAGAAGCCUGGAAAGAAGGGAGCACCCAAGAAAAUCAAGGCUUAACUUUUUACCUGACUGGAGUUAACUGAACAAUAAAUAAGUUUUGGAUCAAAUUAAGAGUUCGACCUGUCCUUAACAUUUUUAUUCUAUAAUUUGCUUUUCACAUACUGCAGAAAGCAUUGUGUUCUGUGGUUAAAGAACUCAAGGUGAAAAUGCACUAACAGUGCUGUAUUUCCAAAUUCACUUAACUGUGCAAUUUGUUUAAAACUACUUUUCCUGCCAACUCCCUAAUACGUUGUAACUGUCAGAGCUUUUUAAAACAUGGUUUACAGUGCUUAGGUGUAAUAUUUCACCAAAACGAUAUAGUCUGGUCUCGGAAGGAAACAGCUGAGAUGGAGGUAAGAACAGGUAAUGGCACUUUUAAUCUUUGCGAACAGUUUUUAUUUGAAAAUUCCUUAUGGAAUCUCUGCAGAAAGAACUGAACCUUCUGAGAAUGCCUCCCAGUGGUCAUGUUGGAUUCUCCUACACAUGGUCUGGGUCCUUCCUGCAAGCGGAUGAGAUGUACAGCACCCAGUGUAAUCUGCCUGCCUCAAGGCUGACUACUUGCCGAUGCAUAAGAUGACCAACACAGACCUGAGCAGGAUUCUGAAGAGCGAGGAGAUCCAGAAAGCACUUCGUGCACCCAGGAAGAUGAUCAACCGCAGAGUCCUGAAGAAGAAUCCUCUGAAGAACAUGAGGAUAAUGUUCAAACUGAACCCAUAUGCCAAGACUGCCAGACGUCACGCAAUUCUCAAGCAUGAUCCCAAGAUCAAGGCUAAGAUGCUGAAACCCAAGAAGAACCCUGGAAAGAAGGGAGCACCCAAGAACAUCAAGGCUUAAAUUUUUACAUGUUUGGAGUUCACUGAACAAUAAAUAAGUU